UAUACAGAAUCCAACUCCAUUGAAGAAGAAAGCCAUCGACAAAAAUACACGCUAAGCUUCUUGGGUUUCUUUGAAGUUCUUCGAUAUAUAAACAAAGAUUUCGAAGGUAUGUCUUUCUUAAUUAUUCAAUAUACCAAUCCCAAGUUCUGGAAGGCUAAGGUAACUAAGGUCGAAUUCUUUAUUUUACAACGUAUUUUAUUGGUGGGUAAUGAAUUAUCUUUACGUAUCAUGAUGAUGCAAGUUUGGUGUAGUGUCUUUAGUUUCUCUGUCACCACCAUGUAUAUGUAUUAUGCUUCAAGUCAGAUAUGAUUUUUUUUAACAAAACCGGCUAUAAAUUAUAUAUUGAGAUGAAUUUGUAUAUGUUAACAAAGAAAAUUGUCUAGUUUAUAAAAUAACAGAGAAAAUUGUCUACUUUUUAAACGACUAAGAAGUUUUAGGCAUGCAGAUUUGUAAUUCCAUUGAGUGAAAGAUCAUAUAAUAUAACUUUUUGGAGAAUAGAUACUCUCAAAGUCUCGACGCAAUUUGAACUCACUAUUAGAAAGUUAUUUAUUUAUUAAACCAUGUUUGCCGAAUAUCUUACCUAAUAAUUUGGAUAACUAUUGUACUUACCAGAAUCUAUAUUUGGUCAUAAUAGUUCUUUUCCAUAAUUGUUCACAUAUAAGUAACAGUAGAAAAAAGUAAACAGUAAAAGGUGUUGCGUGCAUCGAAAAGAAUCCAAGUGAUGUUAGAUAGACUGUCACUGUGCAGCUCACAAAAUGUCUUUAAAACCUAAAACCCAAAAACAGUAAAGUAGAUUUCAAAGCAUUUCACUCGUUCGUGAUCGUUUAGGCAGCUGAGAGAGAGAGAGAUUCUGCAGGUGAGCGAUGGUAUUUUCCUGCACCGACGACGUGGCCACAGGUUUAAAAGAUGCUUUAACUCAUUGUUACAAAUGCAAAGGGAGAAAGGUUAGCCUUUCAGAUCACGAAGACAGUGACGAGAAGCUUAUUGGGGAUUUCAACUACGACCAUGAAAUUGUUGUUUUCCAGAUCAAAAGCCGAGCGAUGGAGAAACUAAGGAAGAAGCCAACGAUAGGCAUGGAGAGACUAGCUCACACAUCUAAACUUUACCCAUCUAAAGAGGAAUGCAACAUCGAAAAGGAAGAGGGUGUGGAGUUUUGUUCCGUGGGAAGCAGUUUUUCGGAAUGUUGUCCAAGUGAUUUGAGUAUAGAAGGAUAUAUGACAGCAAAAACCGAGUUCUCAAGGUGUUCGAGCUUGAAGGGUGUGGAGCUGGAGAAUCAAUGGAAGAUGUAUUAUUUGAAUGAAAUUAAGAAAGGAUCAGUAAUUCAAGAGCUUUGUCAUUGCCAAGGAUGGCCAUUUGGUUUAGGAAGAAAAGCUGCGUUGCUUCCACCACUACCUAAGUCACCUGCAGAGUCUUGGUCAUGGAGGAAACAAAAUAGAGUUGCUCCAAUUCCUUUUGUUUGACAAAGGCAACCCAAAAUGUUGAAGCGCAAACAGUUAAAUCAUUAACGAAACUCUAAUGUAAGGAGACAAAGCACAAAGACCUGUUUAAAAAUUGUCGGAGCUGUGAAUUUAUUUUUCAAUCGGUGCUGUU